UUUUACUCUAACACUCCGUUCACUCCCAUUCCGGCACUCCCACGGCAGCUCGCGUGAGUGAUGGCCGCCGGAGACGAGGCUGGGAGCGACUCCGGCAGCGACGGCGCGGGGCCUGGCCAGGCGCCCUCGAGGAGACGACUCAAGAUCUGAUGUCGUUUGCCAAGAAGCUGCAGACACACCGUCCACAAUCAUGGUCAGCCCUGCCAUCAGAUCUUGCUGGUCUGGUCCUUCGUCGCCUCCCUUCCCAUGCCGACCAUGUGCGCUUCGCUGAUGUAUGUCACCAUUGGCGCUUCUCCAGACAAGAGCAUUGCCUGCCCCCACCUUUACCAUGGCUUGCAUUCCCUGAUGGAACCUUCUUCGGCCUUCCCUGUCGAGAAGGGGCAAAAGAGUCCUUCAAGCUCCACAGCAGUGCCAACUAUUGCAUCUCCUGCGGUGACUGGCUUGCCUUCGCACAAAAUGGCACCUGUUUCCUAAUGGACCCCUUCUCCGAGAUCACCUUGACGCUUCCUAACCUAUCUUCUUUCUGUCUUGUGGAUGAGCCUGUUGGAAUUAUUAAUGGUCGUGAUGUCCUGGAUGAAGACAUGUCUGGUUCUCUGCUACAGAUGGAUACUGCGAUAUCUCUGCGCAAGGUAAUCAGGUGCUCGGAACUCGUUGUUGCUGCCAUCGUUGAAAUUGGGCCUCUUCGCACUGUUGCGUACUGCCAACCGGGUUCAACCUCAUGGUUGGUGAGUGAACUUGGCAGCAUAGGGUCGGUCAUAGAUAUGAUGUUUUAUGAAGGUAUGUUGUAUGUCAUUGACGAGUUCAACGACCUUUUGGCAAUCAAUGUCAGAGAGGACAAUGAUAAUGGCAAGUUAAGGGUAUCUUGGAUCGAGCGUCUACUUGAUGGUGCCCCCUGUGUCUUAAAGUUGAUCCAAGGUGGCAUCUCUUACUUCGAGUCGUAUCUAGUUGAAUCUCAUGGUGCACUACUGCUGGUACAGAGAACAAUAUUUGGUGAAUGUGAUAAUAACACGAUUGGUGGUAUCAAGCCAGUAGGGAUUGAAUUUGAGGUGUGUCAGUCAGACUUCCAGUCUCGAAGUUGGGAGAAGGUGAGCAGUGUUGGGGGUGACCAGACAUUGUUCGUCAGCCAAAGUUCAUCCCAAUCUGUUGACGUGUCUCAGUACAAGCUGAAGGGGGAUUGCAUCUACUUCCUGGAUGAUGGCAGCUGUGACUGGUUCUGGAAGGAUGCGCCAAGUUCUUGUGCCGUAUAUGACAUGCGAGAUGGAAACUGUUUCUUCAUACCACUGCCGACAGUAGCAUGCAAGGACGUCAAAAUGCUAGCGGCGUGGCUUUUCCCUCAGAACUGAGAUAGAUAUUUU